AUGCAUUUCUCGACUGUCGCCCUUGUCAGUAUUGCAGCUGUGGCUGUAUCAGCACAACAAUAUGUCCCUCACCACGCCGCCAUGGCCGAGCGGAGCGAGAUCUUCAUACGCGCCAACCACAAGGGCAGCAAGAGCAAUGACACGGCAGCCACAGCUACAGAGUCGGGAGCCGCGACGGCCACCGAGACGGGAAGCAGUGGUAAGGGAGGCGGCAAGAACCACGGCGGCAGCAAGAAUAACUCGACCGGCGAGGCAACGGGAGGCUCGGACAACAACAGCGGAAGCAAUAGUGGUAGCGGCAAGAAUUCAACAACUGGUGGCACCAGUGGCAGCGGGUCGGGUAGCAGCAAUGGUGGCAAGAACUCGGGAUCCAACAAGGGCAACUCAACCUCGGGAGGAACAGGUUCGGGCUCGGCCUCUUCGUCGGCGGCUCGCGCUGGUGCCUCGUCUACAAGCACGAGCACGCCUGUUGUCCAGGGCGCGGCUGCGCGCUCCGAGAUCCUCUUGAGCAAUUCUGGAGGGUUGGUAACGAUUGCUGGUGUCGGUAUUGCCUUUGCCUUGUUCAUGUGA